UUCCACCUUGAUACGAGUCUGAUACGAGGGUCUGCAUAUGCCACCGAAUGGGGUCGCUCCUAGCUUAUCUUCGCCUUUUCGAGCAUCACCAUGUCCCUCAAUUAGGUACCAUUAGGUAAGUUCUGGUAGGUCGCUGCGUAUGCUAUGAGACCCCUGGUUCCUCGGCAACUUUCUUACCAAGUAGUCAAUUGGACUAAUUUUCUCCUCAUUUUCUCCAAGAUACUGCACUAUGAUAGUCUGUCUAAAACGUUAUUCCUUUUCUGAUGUUCUUCCCUCGUCUAACAUUGGUAGAUCCCAGUCGCGCUUGAUCCUCGAUAAAAAUGGUUCUUCACUCGAGAUGGGAGGUUCCGAUCCCUAACUGUUCGCUCCACAAAUGGGUCUUCUGUUCUUCACUUGGUCCCCUUCCGGAUACGCCUCUGUUUAUUGACGCGGAUCACCCUGAAACCCGAAUCAUCACAAGAUCUGGCUAUCGAUUAUGGUCGAAACGAAUAGCAUUGGGCCUACUGCGGGCUGGCUUGAAGAAGGGGGAUCGCGUACUGCUUUUCUCGGGAAAUAACAUAUUCUUACCCACGAUUUUCAUGGGUACACUAAUGGCGGGCGGUGUAUUCAGCGGUGCAAACCCUAGCUUCGUCGCUCGCGAGCUUGCUUACCAAAUUCAGGACAGCGGAGCGUACAUUCUCAUUGCUGCUGACGCUAGCAUGGAGAUUGCUAUGGAGGCAGCAGAGCAGGCGGGCUUACCUAAGAGUCGUGUGUAUAGUUUUGACGCGACGGCGAUGGAUAAGCAGAAGGGUGAGGCUCGUCUGGGAUCUCAACAUUGGACGAACCUGCUCGCAUCUGAGGCCGACGCUGCGAAAUGGGAUUGGGAGGAGCCGCUCCCGAAAGAGACGACAUGCUGCUUGAAUUAUAGCUCAGGGACAACGGGCGUUCCGAAGGGCGUGGAAAUCUCACAUUAUUCGUACGUAGCCAAUGGUGCGCAUGUGGACUACGUGGACCGCUUGGAACCCCGUGCUUUGUUCAAGAGGAAGUCUUAUCGCCAUCUCUGCUUCUUGCCAUGUUACCACGCGUACGGACAGACAUAUUUUUUGGCCAACAUCCCCCAUGUCGGAGCCCCAGUAUACAUGAUGCCUUCAUUCAAUUUCGAGAAGAUGCUGCAGCAUAUCCAGCGUUUUCGUAUUACCCAUAUUACAGCAGUCCCACCUAUCAUUGUUAUGCUAGCAAAGAGCCCCUUGUCACGCAAGUACGACUUGAGUAGCAUACAGGCCGUAGGUUCCGGCGCUGCUCCUCUCGGUCUCGAGGUCUCUGACGAAGCCGCGAAGAUAUGGCCAACGGGUGCCAUCACAGUUCGGCAGGGCUGGGGUAUGACUGAGUUGACCUGCACCGUCACCAACUGGGAUCCCAAUGAACCCAAAAGACGGACAGCGGCGAUUGGCGAGCUAAUGCCAAACUGCAAAGCACGCCUCAUGAAGACCGAUGGCUCCGGUGAAGUGACAGCUCCGAAUGAGAGGGGUGAGCUCUGGGUUGCAAGUCCGACCCUGAUGAAGGGGUACUGGAAGAGGCCUGACGCUACGGCCGACACUAUGCAUGUUGAUCCUGACGGAACGCGUUGGAUGAAGACGGGAGACGUUGCCUAUAUUGAAAAGUACGAGUCAGGAGGAAAGCUCUUUAUUGUUGACCGGAUAAAGGAACUCAUCAAAGUGAAGGGGAAUCAGGUCGCACCAGCCGAACUGGAGGCUCUCUUGCUCGAUCAUGCAGCCGUCGCAGACGCUGGUGUCGUGGGCGUCACUAUCAACGGGGAAGAAGUCCCGCGCGCCUACAUCGUUCCUAAACCUGAUGCCAAAGUGACGGAGAAGGAUAUUGCGGAGUGGUUAGCGACGCGUGUCAUCAGCUAUAAACGCUUGAGAGGAGGUGUAAGCUUCGCCGAUGCCAUUCCAAGGAAUCCGUCUGGAAAGAUUCAGCGUAGACAGCUUAGAGAUCUCGCUGCAAAGCAAGUUGGAGACCGGAAGCCCACAGAAUCAAGGCUGGCUUGAGAAUUAGUUGAAGGAACUUCUGCUGUCUCUCGCAAUAAAGCAUCUGUAGAACUACCCUAUUAUGUGGUCUAUAACAAGUGAUAAACGAGAAUAUGGAGAUCAUCACGAUGAUCUUUCGACAUCUUUGUUUAAUUGACAAGGCUUAUAGCCCCUGAACCGGAUUUCAAUUUGACUAGAUCCCUGAUAAGUGACUGCUGAGACAGUGCCUUUGCCACUUAGACAAUAUCUCCCGCAGGAAACUACAACCAUGCAAUGAAAUCCAAGUUCUUCGGACUGGAUAUGAGAAGGUCGUUACUAGUCAAGCUCGCUGCUUC